GAGAAGGACGCUGGAGUUGAGCUCAGAGCAGGAGGAGCGAGUUACAGAGAGCACUGCAGAGCAGAGUACAAACAACAACAAACAACUAAAGGAAGCAUUAUCUGACCCUGAUGAAUUACGAGAACCCUCCACCGUACCCCGGGCCUGGCCCCUCCGCUCCUGGGUACCCCCCGUACACACAGCAGCCUAACCCAGCAUACCCCGGCCCCAACCCUGCCUACCCGGGCCCAGGGGUCAACCAGACAUACCCCAGCUACUCCCAGGGUCCCGGCGGCCCCUACCAGGGUCCCGGCGGCCCCUACCAGGGUCCCGGCGGCCCCUACCAGGGUCCCGGCGGCCCCUACCAGGGUCCCGGCGGCCCCUACCCGGGCCCCGGCGGCCCCUACCCAGGCCCCGGCGGCCCCUACUCGGGAUACCCACAGUACGCCCCGCCACCUGGACAGGUGUACGGAGAUGCUCCAAAGAACACAGUGUAUGUUGUAGAGGAGCGGAGACGGGAUGACUCUGGGGAUAGCACCUGCCUCACUGCCUGCUGGACUGCCCUGUGCUGCUGCUGUCUCUGGGACAUGCUCACCUAGACAAGCCAGGAUGUCAGCACAUCACAUGGGCCUUCUCCCUGGAGGAGCCUCCUCUGCUCGCACUCAGCUCAAUACACUGCAGACAAUGCUCCCUCCAGCCCUCCAUGGCACAUGAAUGUUGUCCACAUGUGGUGGCCAUGGUUCUAUUCUACCUUGAUUUUUAUAGAUACACUCUUUCUUUUAAUCUUUAAGUUUCUAAUCAUGUUUAGGUUGUUAUUAUUAUUAUUAUUAUUAUUGUUGUUAUUAGGCAAAUGUGUGUGCAAUUUAUUAUUUUCUG